AUGUUCCCCUUCAACCGUUUUCGCCGCUUAUCGUCGUUCCCGCUUAUCCUACUACUCGUGUGCUGGCAUCUUCAGGCGCCGGCGGGUGUAAGCUCGCUCGAUCGCACGGACAACGCGACCGUACCGCUGGCUCGUGCCAAACGACUUAUAAGCUUCCCAAUCAAUGGUGGCUUAGCGAAGAUGAUUCUCGGAUUUCUGGCCCCGGUUCGUUUCCAUCAUCCACUGCCACGCAGCCUCAACCUCGGUAUCAAUGUGCAGGCCAACUAUGCGAUCAGUCCGAACAUAAUAUUCCCCCGACCGGAGUCGAUCUUCGGCAAUCGCGAGCUGGAGCGCUAUGCCGAUCCGAACAGUCGGCAGCAGGUGUACGGUGCGCUGGAAAAGAUCCUGCAGAUGGUGCUGGGGACGAAUCGAAUGGCACGCGAGUGUUUGCUGCGGACGGUGUGUGAAGUGGCGGACACACCGCUGCAUCAUAACGGGCUGGUAGGGGAGCUGCUGGAUGUGAUAUUUACGUGA